CAACAGCCCACCCUCCACCACACACGCCCCAGACCUGCAACUCCGCAACCCUAACUCAUCGCUGAGAUCCCAUCCGUUAUGCUCGCAUGCGCGGCACGGGUUCCCAGAGCCUCGCCCCUCGGCAGAGGAAUCUCGGUCCGAUACGCAUCUGGAUGGCGACUUGAGCCCGAGCUGCGCAGCGAGUCGGGAGGGGUGAUCUACAAACUUGACGAAUCCUCAGUUGACGAGUAUGGAGUGCAAUCGCCGGUAUAUGAAUCGAGCGCCGACGGAAAGAAAUACCAUGUCCAGGUGAUAGCUCACAAGGAAGACUUUGAGAACUACCUCAGCCUACAAACUAGGGUCGCGUUAUCGCCGUAUGUGCGAGUCGCUACGGAUACCAUUCCGGAGCACCAAGCGUUCGUCUAUCCCAGCCCCGGGCCGCUCAACCUGGGGAGAACAAAGGGGCUGUUUUACAGCGCCAGAAGGCGGGUCCUUCGCGACGCGCUGCGCGGUCUUGCGGAUCUACACGACAGAGGUAUCGUGCAUGACAACCUCGUCCCUCGGGCCAUUCUUUACGAAGACACUGAAAGCCCAAAUAAAAAGGGAAAAAUUGAGAUGUCUUUGGGUUCCGUCGCCCUGGCUCCAGAUGAAAAAUGGGUUACUGGACCCGGGCCUAAUUUUAAUGAACCACACAGAUCCCCCGAGGCAUGGUGUGGAGCGCGUCGGAACCAGGCAUCUGACGUCUUCGCAUUUGGGACGCUGAUAAUCUACGCCAUGGCCGUAAACGCCGCCCGGAAACUCCCUUUUGAUGUCGAUCCGAGCGGAAAACUAUUGUUCGAGGAUCGCUGGCGCCGGACUAUAUUGAGACAGAUUGCAAUGUGCGCCGACAAAAAGGCUUUCGAGGGCUUCCGUGCGCACAUCGGAUCAAAAAGCCCCUUCCAAAAGCAAUUGUCUCGAAUGAAGGGGGCCUUUGAAGUAGAGUACCAGAGGGCUCCCAUAACAGCUGGCGAUCGUCUUGCACUCCAGCCGGAUGCCGCGGACUUGGUGGCCCAGAUGAUGAAUCUGGAUCCUGCGCGCCGGAUUACGGCGCGCAAGGCGCUGCAGCAUGAGUACUUUAGUCCCAAAAGGUGGAAUAGUAACUGGAUAGGUGCGCCGACACCUCAAUAGCCGGUUUGAAGCCGCUCAACACGCUCAGCUUAUUUGAGCUCUUUCGCCUUCAGCAACCUACCUCAGCCUUCUUGCAAUUCUUAACAUCGCCUUCCCGGGGCCAUCCCCUCAUUCACCACGCCUCUCACAACAAAAGGGGCCCCGCACCUCUUAUAACAUUACUCAUCGGGAUACCCUUGCUCCCCUCGUUCCACAGAAGGCCUAGCAGGUAAAGGCCCAACCAUGGCCUUAGCCCCGCAGGUGAACAAACUCCCUUACAUCAUGUUGGUAGUCCCUUCGUCUGCCUUUGAGAAUAUCCUCGCAUGUAUGGUUAUCUCAUGUAGUUUCCCCAUGUAUAGCAGAUCACCAGCUAGAUAAACUGGAUUGGUUCUUCCUAGAAACAUGCAUUUCUCAUCCACCGCUCACCUGGUCUUCUGAGGUUGCUUCAGCACUUCAUACACAGCAA